UCGAUAUUUUUGUUUUGUGCACAUUUUCGUCGCCUUGUCAAUUAUUCUCUGUUGUAAACAAACCCGGACUAAGGCAUAAAACAAUUUGCAAGAAUUAAAUUCAAAAAUUUACCAACUAAUAUGACAUUAACAAAGACUGUGGACCAGGCUACCAUUCUCAGUGGUGAUCGUUCCAAAUUAAAAGAUUUGCUUUGUAAUCGUUUGGCUGAAUGUGGUUGGCGUGAUGAGGUGCGUCUGAUGUGUCGUAAUAUCAUUAAGGAGAAAGGCAACAACAUAAAAGUUGAACAAUUAAUUGCCGACGUUACACCACGCGCUCGUGCCUCUGUUCCCGAUGCAGUGAAAAAAGAACUACUUAUGAAGAUCAAGGCAAUUUUAGCUGCACAAGAAGGUAUCGAUUUGUAAAUGGAAGUUACAGAUGAGGAUGCCGUGAAUUAACUAUUUUAAUUAUACAAACAUAUAUAUAUACAAAAAAUGCUGAUAAUACUGUUAGAGCAUCGUAUUAUUUUUAGUUAAAGGAUUAUGUUUUAAUAUCACAAUUUCUACUCGCUUUUUGUGAAGUCCUCUUCGUAAUUGGAAUGAACAAAUCUUUGUGUGUACAAAAUUUA